CUUGAUCUUUUCUCUUGUUAAUCCCUAACCACCAUCUUCCCUCAUCUCUCCCCCUUCCCCCCUUCCUCUGUCCGCUACGAUGACUGCGACUGCUCAGUUGAAGCAAGGAUAUUACAAGAAUCCGGAAUGUAUCCCUGCCCUCGCGAAUAUCAUCGCCAAUUCGGAAGAACAAGCUAUCCGCCAACUUGCGGCUGUAGAGUUGAGAAAACGCAUCGAUUACGAUAGUGGAAAGCUGUGGAUGCUCGUUCCCCAAACGGAGCGUGAACAGCUGAAGGCCAACUUUCCUGAGCUCAUCUUAAAAGAACAAAGUACCCUUGUCAGGCAUUCUGCCGCACGCGUCUUGGCCGCUAUCUCAUCCAUUGAAGUCCCUGCAGGCACCUGGCCACAGCUUCUACCCUUCCUCCACCAAGCCUGCACCUCUCCCGUGGUUUCCCAUCGCGAAGUUGGUACCUUCAUGCUAUAUUCCGUACUCGAGAACAUCUGUGAAGGUUUCCAAACUCACCUUGUGGAGCUCUUCAAGCUCUUCGGACAAACUAUCAAUGAUCCGGAAUCCAUCGAAGUUCGCAUCACUACAGUCAGAGCACUGGGUGUUAUCGCACAGUAUAUCGAUACUGACGACAAGCAGGAGCUCGCCAUGUAUCAAGCCCUCCUUCCUGCCAUAAUCCAAGUCAUUGGCCAGACGGUUGAGACCGGCAAUGAUGGGGGAGCGCGUCAUUUGUUUGACGUUCUGGAGACUCUGCUCAUCCUUGAAGUUCCUAUCCUUAGCAAAAACAUACCCGACCUUGUCAACUUCCUUCUCCAAUGUGGAGGUAAUCGCAACUUCGAGGCUGACCUGAGAGUUCUAGCUCUUAAUGCAUUGAACUGGACCGUUCAGUACAAGAAAUCCAAGGUCCAGAGUGCUGGUCUCGCUCCCGUAAUGUUGGAGCAUCUCAUGCCCAUUACCACUGAAGAAGAGCCCGAGGAUGUAGACGACGAGGCGCCUUCUCGGUCCGCUCUUCGCAUCAUCGAUGGUCUUUCAUCCAACUUGCCACCGACUCAAGUCUUCCCAUUUCUGCGAAGCCUCAUUGUGCAAUAUUUCUCAUCGGCUGACCCUGCCCAGAGGCGAGGUGCCAUGUUGGCUCUCGGCGUUGCCGUCGAAGGUUGCAGUGAAUUCAUGGGAUCCCAGAUGGCUCAAGUUUGGCCCAUGAUUGAAGUAGGUUUGCAAGAUAAUGAUGCUGGUGUCAGGAAAGCCACCUGUGCCGCUGUUAGCUGUCUCUGCGAGUGGCUUGAGGACGAGUGCGUUGCCAAACACGCCAUGCUUGUUCCAGCCAUAAUGAAUCUCAUCAACGAUGAGCCCACUCAGCGUGCUGCUUGUGGAGCUCUUGACACUCUCCUUGAGAUCUUGCACGACGUGAUCGAUCAAUAUCUUCAUCUUAUCAUGGAACGCCUUGCGGGUCUUCUGGAAACAGCGCCUCUUCCUGUUAAAGCUGUCGUCACUGGUGCCAUCGGGAGUGCAGCCCAUGCGUCCAGGGAACGUUUCCUUCCGUACUUUGAGCACACCAUGUCACGUCUUCAACACUUCCUUGUUCUCACUGGCGAGGGAGAGGAGACCGAACUUCGAGGCAUCACCAUGGAUGCUAUCGGAACGUUUGCCGAAGCCGUUGGCAAGGAUCUUUUCCGACCCUACUUCCCUGACAUGAUGAAGCAGGCUUUCCAAGGGAUUGAGAUGGAGAGUGCUCGUUUGAGAGAAUGCAGUUUCUUGUUCUUUGGCGUUAUGGCUAGGGUCUUCGGCGAAGAAUUUGCUCCUUAUCUGCCCAACGUUGUCCCUCCGUUACUGCAGAGCUGCAAACAGGACGAAGGUGGAGCCGAGUUUUCCGUCUCUGACGCCGUCGCAGCCUUUGACUCCGGCUCUUCUCCUUCCAAUGCUAUUGCAAUCUCUGAUGACGAUGGGCAUGGUGCCGAUGGUGUUGAGUUGGACGAUCUCGAUCUCAACAAGAUGAUGGACGUCAACAGCGCAAUUGCUGUUGAAAAAGAGAUUGCUGCUGACACCAUUGGCACUCUCUUCGCUUCCACCAAGCAUCAUUUCUUCCCUUAUGUUGAGUCCUGCUCCUUGGAGCUCACUGAGCUCCUUAACCACUACUAUGAGGGCAUCAGGAAGAGUGCGAUGGACUCUUUGCUUGAGAUUGUCAGAACCUUCUAUGAUUUGAGCGAUCACCAAGAUUGGGUCGCCGGCAAAGUUGUGCAAGUGCCUGUCCAAAGCACCGUGAGGGACCUCAUUAACCACGUCGUCCCAAAUUUAUUGGAUAUGUACCAGACCGAAGACAACAAGUCUGUUGUCUCUUCUCUGUGCGUUGGCUUCGCCGAAACUUUGAACAAGAUUGGUCCCGCGUUCGUCGACGGCUACCUCGACCGCGUUUCUGAGAUCGCCGUUCAAAUCCUCGGACAAAAGGCGUUCUGUCAACAAGAUCCUGACCAGGAUGAAGCUGAAGAGGCCCCCGAAGAUCAGGCUGAAUAUGACUCCGUCCUGAUUUCUUCCGCUGGAGACCUUGUGUCCGCCUUGGCCAAUAUCUUGGGUGCUGAUUUUGCUCCAGCAUUCGGCACGUAUUUCCCUCUCAUCUCCAAGUUCUACAAAAAAGGCCGUUCCCUUAGCGAUCGCUCAACCCCUUCUGAGCUCUUCUACCGCGCUUUAAGCGACGAAGAGCCCGAGGUUCUCAGCAAUGCAGCAUUUGGUAUUGGAUUGCUCGUCGAACAUUCUCAGAUGGACUUAUCACCACAAUAUCUUCACGUACUCGCUGCCCUCCAACCUCUCUUCGUCGUCCUGCCGACAGAUAAUGCGGCUGGUGCUGUUGCACGCCUCAUCGUGCGCAAUACUGCUGCUCUUCCCCUUGACCAAGUUCUUCCUGUAUGGCUCGGUGCGUUACCUUUGAAGAAUGACUUCCUCGAGAACCGCCCCGUGUUCCGCGCCAUUUUCCACCUAUUCCGGACCAACUCCAAUGUCCUCCUCCCUCAUCUUGAUACACUCUUACAAGAAUUUGCCGUAGUCCUUGACCCGAGUAAGCCUGACCAAGUUGGGGAUGAGGUUCGAGCAGAGUUGAUUCAACUCAUCGCUAUGCUGAACCAAGAGGACCCGACGAAGAUUCAAGCAGCGGGGUUAGCUGUGUUCGUACCGGGUGCUUGAGAUAAAUGAAUUGCUUCAAAUGUAUUCUCAUUUUAUAUUUCUUCACGACAUUUACUACUUGUUACGGAUCCAUCUACUUACGACGCAUGUUCUUGCUUUCUUUCAUCAUUUUUUAGAGUAGCAUGUUAUAUUGUUGGUACUAGUGUUAAGACCUUCGGCGGCCUAUUUGCUACGCGUGACGAAAAUGGACGCGUUGUUGGUGUGUGUUGAUCA